AUGACCAGAGACCCGUGGAAAAAUCUGUUGUUACAAGAGGAAGUGUCUCUACUUCUCCAAAAGAAUGUAUUGGAAGAAGUAAGUCCACCUCUAGGUUGGGGGUUCUACUCUCGUCUCUUUCUUGUACCCAAAAAGAAUGGACAAAUGAGACCUGUGUUGGACCUCUCUUUUCUGAAUCAGUAUCUGGUGAUUCCACAUUUCAAAAUGGAGACCAACAGGUCGAUCAGAACCUCUCUCCAUACAGGGAUGUGGACGUCUUCUUUAGAUCUGACGGAUGCUUAUUUUCAUGUCCCUAUAGCUCCGGCUUAUCGGAAGUUUCUUCGUCUGGUCUGGGAGGGCAAGGUAUAUGCUUUCAGGGCAAUGCCUUUUGGCCUAUCUACUGCUCCACUAGUGUUCACAAAAAUUUUUCAAACAGUGGUUGCGUAUCUACACUCCCAGUCCAUUUUCAUCCAUACAUAUCUAGACGAUUCUCUGAUCAAGAAUUUUUCUUUCAACCUUCUUCAUCAACAUACUCAUCGAGUUAUUCAUCUUCUGUUGAAGCUGGGUUUCCUUAUUUCUUGGGAAAAAUCAGAGAUAGUUCCCAGUCAGAGUUUCAUUUUCCUAGGGGAACAAUUUCGAACAGAUCUUGGGAUAGUUCUUCCUCCAGAGGAGAAAUUUCUCAAGCUUCAGUAUCUGUUGGAUCAACUACUUUCAGCCAAACAGGCUUCAGCUCGCCAGUUUCUACAACUGAUAGGUUUUCUGAUUUCUCUGAUGGACAUAGUACCUUUAGGUCGUCUUCAUAUUCGCCCCAUUCAGUGGUAUCUUCUGGAAUUUUGGGUACCAGCCUCACAACAGUGGGAAGCUGUUAUUCCCAUUCUUCCCAGAUUGUAUCCUCAUCUUCUGUGGUGGUCAGUGAGAGAGAAUGUUAUGAUAGGUUGCUCGCUAGACCCCCCAGUUCCUUCUAUGACCCCGUUUACAGAUGCUUCUCUGACAGGCUGGGGAGCUACCCUGGAGGGCAGAGAGGCAUCAGGUAUAUGGUCCGGUCUCCAGUUGACAGAACACAUCAAUUUACUGGAGAUGCGGGCUGUUCUUCUGGCAUUGAAACAAUUUUCCCAAUUUGUUCAGGGUCAAUCUCUGAUGAUAGCCACAGACAAUACAACAGUAGUGGCUUAUCUGCAGAAUCAGGGCGGCACACAUUCUCAGUCUCUUUACCUUCUGUGCAAAGAAAUUCUGUUGUUUUGCCGUUCCCUGGGAAUUCGCUUGUCAGUCAGGCAUGUUCCUGGCAAUCUGAAUCUAGUAGCGGAUGCUCUCUCAAGGUCACUGCAUCCAGUGAAUACAGAAUGGGAGUUACAUCCAGCAGUCUUUCAGGAGAUCUGUCUCAAGUGGGAUCGUCCUCAUAUAGACCUCUUUGCUACGCAUCUGAAUUGCAAACUGCCAACGUUUGUGUCUCCGAUUCCAGACAACAAAGCUUUAGCAGUGGAUGCAAUGUCUUUCGAUUGGAAGGGGAUGUUUUCUUACAUGUUUCCUCCUUUUCGCCUCCUUCCCAAGAUUUUACACAAAAUCAGGGUAGAAAUUUGCAAGACCAUUCUUAUUGCUCCAGCAUGGCCAAAACAAUCUUGGUUUCCAGAUCUUCUUCAACUGUGUUGUGCGAGACCAAUUCUGCUUCCUCUCAGGAAAGAUCUUUUGUCUCAAUUCAAAGGCAGGAAAGUUCAUCAGAAUCUUUCCAACCUCCAUCUACACGCAUGGUUACUGUCAGGGAAUCUCUCAGACAGGAUGGCUUUUCUGACAGAGCAGCCAAACGUAUCUCUAGUUCAGUCAGAAAAUCUACAGGAGCAAUUUAUGACUCUAAGUGGAACAUCUUCUGUUCUUGGUGUCGUUCAAAGGAAAUUGAUCCUCUCGCAGUUACUGUCCAACAGUUAG